AUGAGUGGCAACAAAAUGGGUUCGCCCUUGCCACGAAAUGAGCUGAUGCUGUCUCGCCGAUCUACAAUUGCGGCUACCAUCGGAUUGGCAACUCAAGGGUUCCUUGUCAUCAGCUCCGCGUCAGCAGAGGUUAGUGAUCCCCCUAAGAGUUUUCCUACUCAAGCCGGACGAAGGGGCUGCAAGACCACGACAAAUCCUUCCCAAACGGUUGUAACUUGUGUCGGUGAUUUGCAAGUCAACAAUGCCGAUGGUCGUCUUUCGAGAGUCUCGGCCACCGAAAACGGUGUUUCUACAUCAUCCGUCAAGAAUCCAUCUCGUUUCUCACCACCCUGGACCUACCUGACGGAAACAUCGGACGCAACGAAAGCAUGGAAAUCCUUGCAAUCAGCUGUUCUGAAUGCGGACACCAACAUGCAAAUUGUGGAGUUGACCGAUUCUUAUUUGCAUGCAACGGUUCCGACUCAAUCGCCACCAGGGACUGGUAGUUUGGACGAUUUGGAGUUUAUCUUGCGGCCAGAAGACAAUCUGGUGUUGUAUCGAUCAGCGAGCCGAACAUCUGUCUUUGUCUAUCCACUGACACAACCUGUUAGUGAUUCCAACACCAACUUGAAACGUUUACAGAAGAUUCGGGCAACUCUUGGCUGGGAAGAGUUGGGAUACGCACAAAAAGGAUCGGAGCGAUUUUAG